AUGGCGAAUUCUGCAUUGGGCCUCAUUGUGGAACCAGAUAUUGGGGCUGUGGCGAUGGCAGAUAUUACCAGGUUGACUAUUGGCGCAUAUUCCGAUGGCCUCAUCGAUGCCGGUAUUUCAAGGGUACCCCCGAGGAACUACCAGCCCUCGAAUCAAUCGUCAUAUCAUGGCUCAAUACCGGCACACUUGACCCUUCUUGAGCAAGGUCGUCAGGUGCUGGAUGCCAUGACCAAGGAUAGUCGAGUUUGCGACGCGGCCAAACCGACCUUGUUUCACCCCGAUCUCCAUAAACGGAACAUAUUCGUUUCGGAGAAAGACCCUUCGAUAAUAACUAGUAUUAUUGACUGGCAGUCAUCCAGCAUAGAGCCGGCUUUCUGGUAUGCAGACGAAAUUCCGGACUUUGCAGCUUAUGCGCCUUCACCGUCUACUCAGGAAGUAAAUGAGAGCGAGCUCUGUGCGAAGAUAUACGAAGCCUCUACCCAAUACCUUAUGCCAAAACUCUCUCAACCCAGGUUAAUGGAUGAAGGCAUGUUUCGCCCUUUCCGGUACUCCUACAGAACAUGGAAAGUUGGUGCCGUCGCCUUCCGGCAUGAGCUUAUCGAGACCUCUAAAGAGUGGGAGAAACUUGGAUUUUCUGGGUCGUGUCCAUUCCCAUUACCGACAACCCAAGAAACUACUCUGCAUCAGAAAGAGUACAGGCGUUUCGAGGCGGCCCAGAACCUGAAGCGUGAUUUGUCAGGCUUGCUUGGCUGUGAAACUGAUGGAUGGGUCCCCCCAGAGAACUGGGAAACAGCAAAGAGAGAAAACGAGGCUAUGUUCAAGGGGAUGCUGAAUGCCGUGCUUACAAACGAAGAUCCAGAUGACGACGAACCGAUAAGGAGUGAAAGGGACCUUAGAGAUAUCUGGCCCUUUGAUCUACCGCAUGAGUAG